GCAGCUGGAAUUCUACUUUCCUCAAACAGUGCCCCCAUGAGGGAGCUUUCAGAGCCGGAUGUGCCCUCCCACUAACUCAUUCCAAACUUUUUAAAACAAACAAAUUCUGCCUUGCAGGGCUUUUGAUUUCUGAGUUGCUAUUGCUAUUGCUCAAUCAAGGACCUAGCUGGAGGCUCUGGUGCAAGAAGAACCAGAAGGGCUCCUCUCCCCAGGGGACAGCCAGGGGGCUCCACAUAAGGAUUGCCCCCCACCCCCACCAUCUGUCUCCUGCUGCCUCCUGCCCAGAGCCCUCUGCCCAGGCCACCCAAGCUGCAGAUCAGUCCCGCCCGGCCACUUGUCCAUGGGUCUGCUGGGGAAGGCGGUGGAGCAGGAGGCGGAGGAAGGCGURCAGAGGUACCUGGGUGAGAGUGCCACAGGUGUGACACGCAGAAGGCCAGUCAUGGCGAGGCCAGGGCUGCUGCUCCUGCUCCUGCUCCUGGCUCUGCAGCCACUACAGCCCUCCUCACUGCCCAGGCCAGACACCACAGAGGGCAAGGUCACCAUYGUGGGCCUGAUCCUGUCUGCACUGGAGAGAGCCACCUUGUUCCUGGAGGAGAGGCUACCCGGAGUCAACCUGGACGGUGUGGUGGGGUUCCGGGUGCUAGAAGCGCAGCUUCGGGGUGUGCAGGAAGAGUGGGCGGCCGACCCCCUGCUGCGGCCCCUGAGCCUGCGCACCAGGCGGCUGGCGGACAAGCUGGCGGCUCUCCUGCGCAGAUCCGUCUUCUACCUGGAGCUGAGUGACCCCAGAUACCUUAGAGAGUUCCGGCCRAGUCUCCAGCCCGGAUUUUGGAAGCUGCCCCGCACCUGGACGCACACCAGCACCUCGCUGGUCUACCCCGCGCUGGAGCCCGAGGACUCCUUCUCAGAGGAAAGCAGCGAUGCAUGCCUGGUGCAGCUGCUGGGAACCGGGAACAGCAGCCAGCCCUGUAGGAUCCCAGACUUCUGCAGGACACUCRUGACCCAGCCCAACUGCUCAGGCUACAGGCUGUCCCACCAGCUGCUCUUCUUCCUCUGGGCCAGAAUGCAAGGAUGCACAGAGGGACUGUUCCACCAGAGUCAGCACUACAUCAGUGUCUUCUGUGCCAACAUGAUGGAGCUGAACCGRAGAGCUGAGGCCAUCGGAUACGCCUACCCCACCAGGGACCUCUUCAUGGAAAACAUCAUGCUCKGUGGAAUCAGCGGCUUCUCCGACUUCUACAAGCUCCGGUGGCUGGAGGCCAUUCUCAGCUGGCAGAGGCCUCGGGAGGGAUGCUUCGGGAAGCCUGCUGCCAAGGAGRAGGACCCCCCCACGGCCCCUCCACGCCACCCGCACGUUCUAAGAGUGAAGAGGAGAGAGAAGCAAUUCACAGAUGGCUGCUCCUGCCACAGCACAGCCGUGGCGGUCGCAGCCCUGGGGGGCUUCCUGUAUGUCCUGGCGGAAUCCCCACCGGCAAAGGGAGAGCUGCGUCUGUCCACCAGACCACCGCUGAGCGGCUCCUAGGAUGGACGCYCCCCCUGCUUCCUGCAGGAUGAACAGGCCCCUCCAGCCUUUCCGUGGGUCUUGGGGCCGAGGCCACAUCCUGAGAAGGAGGCAGCCGAGGAAACCGACAGCAGGAAACUGUCACUAUCUGGGGUUGUCUGAAGCCCUGAGUGAGCAGGG